UUUACGAUGGCGGCAGAAACACAUGUGCGCUUCCUAAUUCAAGUCUUUUAAAGAUAUCAAAAACUACUUUUCGCUGCUGCUUCAAGAAAGUUUCGGCCAUGAAAAAUUUUAUCAGCUACCACGAAAGCAGAUGAUGGAAAAUUUCUGCUCGCUUUGUCAGGCAAACGGUAUAAAACGACGGCUUGUUUUGUUUCAACUGAACUUGGAGGAGGCGAUUUUGCUGUGUGAAAACAAGGAUUGCGUUUACCCGCUUGGUGUUACAAAGAAUGCUAACUUGAUAGUAAGUCGAAAAGCAACCGAAGUUGCCACGAUCUCAAACUUGAAGAGAAAGCGUAAGAAGAGGCCAAAACUAAGUGAAUCAGAGGAACCAGAAAAUAUUCCACCAGGUUCCAAGGUUGCUGAAAAGAUCUUGCAAUGGAGAAAUGCUGAUUGCCUCUGUUGGCUAAAUUCUCUAUUAUCUCUUCUUGUUAACAAUGUCACUCUGGGAAGUCUUGUGCUAAAACCAGACUCGCUGGUUAGGACUUUGACUGAGUCUUUCAAUCAGGCCCAAGAACUCUCUUCAACAAACAGAGAACAAGCUGAAAAUGUCUUAAAAGAUGUCAGAGGGACAAUUUGGAAACAUCUGCAGCCCAAAAUGAAGUGUCAACUUGGAGUAAAUGAUAGUCCUGUGGCAGCUCUACCCCUGUUGUUGCAGGAAAAUAACUUGGUGGCUGAGAGGUUUCUGCAAGAGUAUCACUGGGAAUUUAGUUGUUCUGCCUGUGGGUAUCAACAAAUUGACAAGAGAAAGAAGCAUUUGGUCACUUUUCCAAACGUAGCAAAGGACUUCAGCUUGCAAAAUCUGGGGUUUACAAGGCCAUGCUACAAAUGUAAUGCUCUUGGUCAGACAAGCAAACUUGUGUUUGACAGAAUGCCUGAUUGCAUUUUCCUUCACUUUGAGCAAGGAUUGAAAGAAGGGACAUCCGAAGAUCUUGAUUUUGAUGGGGAAUGUGGCCAUUAUAGUUUCUCACAGUUUAUUCAGUACAAAAGGAAUCCAGAUCAUUUUGUUUGCUGGACAAAGGACCACUAAGGGAAAAGAUGGAUGGAAUUAGAUGAUCUGAAAUCACCCAUAUGCAGUUGGAGUUCUUCACUGCCAAAUGUUCCUCUGUCAGAAGUGCAUAUUGCAGUUUGGGAAAAAGUGUCAGUUGUUAUCAAUCCCCUGCUUCCUCUCCCUAAAAUGAAGGAGAUCAGAACAGAGAUCAAAACUAACCAUACUGCACAACCUACCCAGUACACUAGAAUGUCAAAGAUAUCCUCUAUGCCAUUGUUCAGUAUUCAUUGCAGCCAAACCAUCACUUCAUCUCAGGAUAUCAACAAAGCCCUUUGUUCACCACCCCCUAACUCCCCUGCAUUAUCACCAUCAAGGAGCAGAACAGCAUUAAAUUUGUCACUCAAAACAAGAAGUGAACAAUUUGAACCUUACAUUCCCAGGAAAAAAAGACUUGUUACCCAGAGCUGCCCUAGCUCACCUCCCUGUGUUAAUAAUCCAACAAUGGAUUUCAAUAGGAUUACCUUACAGCCGUUUUUGACAUGGCAAGAAGUCAAGGAACAAAACAAGAAGUUAAGUGUUGAUGAAUUGCAGAGUGAUAGUGGAUACUCAAGUCCAGCCUCUGUAAGUUCUUGUGGUAGCCUUGUGAGUGGUCAGUCAAAUACAGCUGUGUCAGUUGAUGAACCUCUGGAAGAAGUUCAGGAGGACGACCAUGUAAAGCGAAAGGUUGUUGGUCAGACCAAUUGUCUUGAUGACACAAACCUAGUUUCCAAGGGCUUGGAUUCAUCUUCACAUAUAAGGAGCAGUGGUUUAGUAUGCAAGGUAGACUCAUUGAACUUGGCAGAUAAACUUGAACAGCUGCUACCAGACUGCUUACUUGGGAAUCUCAGGGAUUUAGAGAAGAAUCCCAGGGAAUUAGCUAAGGAUAGGACAGUGGAUGGUAACGAGACAGACCUGGAGAACAUUGGCAAUCUUUCUGCCCAGCAAGAUCAGUUCAUUCUUGACUUACUGCUUUCUUAAGAAAAUCCUUCAGUAACUUUUUUUUAUAAUUGUAAGAUUGUUUUGUAAUAAAGAAACUGUUUCAUA